CUUUUAAUAAAACUGUCUGGGUCACUGUGAAGAGAAUGAAACUUGAACGAGCGUUUUUCGACGAGAUUUGAGGAAACUAGAAGGUAUUUCUAUUUAUGGACCAACCAGCUAAUGCCCAAAACUCGAGAGCGAUACACUGAAUAAGGAAGACAGUAAUUAACGAAAUACUUAAACAAUUCUUGAAAAAAAAGGGUAAAAGUAGUGUUUUGCUAAGGACAUUGCAGCCUUGGCAACGAAAAGGUAAACAUUGGUUUGACAGCCGAAAAUGAUCCAGCAAAUGUAUUCGUUACGUGUUCCGAAGACGGAACAUGCGUCUUUCUCCAAAUAUCUCCGAGCACUGCUAGAAACACCUUGUUUAAGAGACACAUCCAACAAGACAUAUUGACUUGUCGGUCGCGAGUUUACCUAUGCCUUAACCCCACGUAAACGCGCUUUUUGUUUCUUAUUACUUGUUUCCUCCCUUCUUUUUCCUGGUCUCCUUUCUCUUGUACCCCACAAUUCGCUAAGAUUUUUUAGCAAUACCUGCUCAACUUACUUCAACGUUAAUUGCUUGAAGCACUAAAACUACAUCAUCAUCCAGCUAUUUUAUCUCGCUUGCACUACUAACCACAUAAAGUACCCCGUGUAGUACAGACGUGCUCGGCUAAGCGGCUCGUUACGAACCCUUAUGUGGUGUGCUGCCGCUCAAUAGAACUUGCCAAUAACCAUAUCCCUUCACGAUAGACCUACUUAUACUGUGCAGCGGCUGGCACGAAUUGCCAUGCAAGAGCCCGUAACUGCAGCUGCGGCGUCAGAAUUGACUCCGGAUGUGCAAUGCGUCGGGCCUUGGCAGCUGGGCCGUACGCUGGGACGCGGCAGCUUUUGUAAAGUUAAGCUCGGUGUUCAUUGCGAAACACAUCAAAGAGCUGCUCUGAAGAUGAUUUCCAAAGCUGAUCUGAUGGACCCGGUGUUACAUACCCGGAUGCUCAGAGAAGUAUACUUUUUAAGACAUCUACACCAUCCCAACAUCAUUGGUUUGUAUCAAGUAUUAUCCACGAGCCAGCAUGUAGUCCUUGCGCUCGAAUUCAUGGAAAUGGAUCUCCAUAGUCUUUUGAUUACUCGAAAAAAGCUCAACGACGAUGAUGCCCGUACCAUCUUCCGGCAAAUUGUGUUUGCAAUUGAUUAUUGUCAUGCCCAUUCAGUUGCACACAGAGAUUUGAAACUGGAAAAUAUACUCUUAAACAAAGAUUUGCACGUCAAGUUAACGGAUUUUGGAUUAUCGAAUGUAAUGCAGGACGGCACGUUCCUCACCACUGCCUGCGGUACUCCACAUUAUGCAGCACCCGAAGUCAUACAAGGUCGGUAUUAUGACGGAUCCGAUGUUGAUGUCUGGGGCUGUGGAAUCUUAUUGUAUGUUAUGCUUGUUGGAUCGUUUCCUUUUGAAGAUUUAAUGAUUACGAAUGUUUUGAGCCGCGUGUGCAAAGGACAGUACGAUAUUCCGUCGUACGUCUCACGCGGUGCAGCUGAUCUUAUUCGGCAGAUGUUAGUGGUAUUACCAACACAUCGAAUACGUGUCGCCGGCAUUGUUCAGCAUCCAUGGUUUCUGGGUACGACUGUCUGUGGUCGACCACGAGCACGGACGAUUUCAGCCUCUGCUCGAAGUAAAGCUAACUCCAUGGAUAUACCCUCGGAAUUGACAACUGAGGCCCCGAUGCGUAUCCCUUCCGUUUCUGCUUUUCCCUCCCCAAGUUUACGACCCACAACACAAACCACAUAUAGUACUCAGUACCUCCGAUCCCCUUCCCCCCUUCCUCUUGCGUCGCCUAAUGUCACGGGUUCACCAGAAAGCCGUGCUCAAUCGUCGUGGAACUCGCUUCAUCUCCCCGACGCGUUUGGUGUUUCAUCUUGGCACUCGGACAUUGGAGAUUCCUUGUGUGGAGAUUCUGAUGAGUCUCUGCCUGAAUCGACUAUUCGCUUGCUCCCAACCUCAAUUCCUAUUGAACAUGCACGGCUAAUGGAAGAACGGUGUCCCGAGAAGCAGUUUCGGCGUUUAUCUACCACUGGUCGUAUUCGUCCUUUGCGUUGGCAUUAUGGAAUUCGUAGUGAACGUCCUCCCCUUGACCUGUUGUCCCGCCUAUAUUCAGCUUUGCGGGAAAUGGGAGGCCAAUUCCGGCUGCCUGAGAAGGAUGGCCGGCUUCGUGGAAAUAUUUAUCGUAUUGAUUGUCUACUAACGAACGAACGGACGCCUGUGAAUUUAAUUAUUGAGCUGUUUUCCCUUGGAGCAGCCUCUGUCUUGGAUAUCCGCUUUAAGCGAACGAACCGUUCUACCAUAACGUCUCAUUCCCAUUCCGAACCUAUACUCAUUGAAGGUCGGCGAUCCGACUCUACGGACUUGAAAUCCCCCACAACUGCCGUGAACUCUGGGGUAAACGACGAGACUGUCUGCAGUCCAAUGCUCUUCCUCGGUGUUGUUGAUGAACUUAUUAAGAAAAUACGUUAGACGAUUUCACAACCUGCAUGUCAAGCACGUAUUUACAACGAGAGCUGCAGUCGCGCUCCAAUAAACAAAGUUCACAAGCUUUCCCUCCCUCCCUCCUAUCACCCGUCUGUUAACUCUGUCCUCUUUUACUACUACUACUACUACUACUACUAUUACUACCCCAUACAACUGCUACACCGGUUAUGAUUGUUUCAAUCAUCGAGCCAUUGUGACUAACCUUCAUUAUGCUAUGCCCGUUUUUGAUUGCAACUAUUUUGCUUCGUAAGUCAUAAUGCCGUUUGGUGCACGAUCACGAGCGUUACAUGCCGUGCAAAUUAUCGGCGGUCUUUACAGCCCGCCGAGAAGGUUUAUUUUUCGCUCAGAGUUUGUGCCCGCAAACGUGAAUGUUUCGUUCAACUUGAGUUCGCGACUUUGUUUAAGGAAUAAGGUGCUUGCGUUGGAAGAAAGAACGAAGAUACAGAAGCUGCCAUCCGACGAGGACAACAAAAGCCGAAGUAGUGAGGAAGGCAAAAUUCUUCACCCGACUGUUUGUGCUUUCAUUGGUGUCACGGAAACGCAUCUCACGCUGCUGUUGGUAAUCCAUGCGACCGCGAACUUCCUUGACCAGAUCCUUUGCGCGAUGAAGCUCUGCCUCUACAGGCUCCAAGUUUCUGUUCUUUUGGAGUGCAGAGUAGUCAUCAGCAUCAGCGCCAACAUUAAAGUCGAGACGAACCAUGCGUUUCUUUGAUGGUGAAGCGAGAGAACCUGCACAUUUGUUAGUAUGGGAACAUAGGGAGAUCGAGACAGAGGGGGAACAAAAGAAAGUCAACCAGCGAAGAAGUAGCAGUAGCAAACGGCGAAUAAAACAAAAUUUCUAGACACCCUCAUCACCUCGUUUUUGAGCUUACCUUCGGUCA